AUGUACUGGUUACUUCUCAUCGGAGUGUGUGUAUUGGACGCGAGUUCUGGGAGAAUCAGGAUUUACUACACAGACAGGAUUUACUAUACAGACAGGAUUUACUACACAGACAGGACUUACUAUACAGACAGGAUUUACUACACAGACAGGAUUUACUACACAGACAGGAUUUACUAUACAGACAGGAUUUACUACACAGACAGGACUUAUUAUACAGACAGGACUUACUACACAGACAGGAUUUACUAUACAGACAGGAUUUACUACACAGACAGGACUUACUACACAGACAGGAUUUACUAUACAGACAGGAUUUACUACACAGACAGGACUUACUAUACAGACAGGAUUUACUACACAGACAGGACUUACUACACAGACAGGACUUACUACACAGACAGGAUUUACUACACAGACAGGAUUUACUAUACAGACAGGAUUUACUACACAGACAGGAUUUACUACACAGACAGGAUUCACUACACAGACAGGAUUUACUAUACAGACAGGAUUUACUACACAGACAGGAUUUACUACUCAGACAGGACUUACUACACAGACAGGACUUACAACACAGACAGGAUUUACUAUACAGACAGGAUUUACUACACAGACAGGAUUUACUAUACAGACAGGAUUCACUACACAGACAGGACUUACUAUACAGACAGGAUUUACUAUACAGACAGGACUUACUAUACAGACAGGAUUUCCUACACAGACAGGACUUACUACACAGACAGGAUUUACUACACAGACAGGACUUACUACACAGACAGGACUUACUACACAGACAGGAUUUACUACACAGACAGGAUUUACUACACAGACAAGACUUACUAUACAGACAAGACUUACUACACAGACAGGAUUUACUAUACAGACAGGACUUACUAUACAGACAGGACUUACUACACAGACAGUAUUUACUAUACAGACAGGACUUACUAUACAGACAGGAUUUACUACACAGACAGGACUUACUAUACAGACAGGAUUUACUAUACAGACAGGACUUACUACACAGACAGGACUUACUACACAGACAGUAUUUACUAUACAGACAGGACUUACUAUACAGACAGGAUUUCCUACACAGACAGGAUUUACUAUACAGACAGGACUUACUAUACAGACAGGAUUUACUAUACAAACAGGAUUUACUACACAGACAGGACUUACGAUACAGACAGGAUUUACUACACAGACAGGACUUACGAUACAGACAGGACUUACAAUACAGACAGGAUUUACUAUACAGACAGGACUUACUAUACAGACAUGAUUUCCUACACAGACAGGAUUUACUAUACAGACAGGACUUACUAUACAGACAGGAUUUACUAUACAAACAGGAUUUACUACAGACAGGAUUUACUACACAGACAGGACUUACGAUACAGACAGGAUUUACUACACAGACAGGACUUACGAUACAGACAGGACUUACAAUACAGACAGGAUUUACUAUACAGACAGGAUUUACUACACAGACAGGAUUUACUACAGAGACAGGACUUACUACACAGACAGGAUUUACUAUACAGACAGGACAGACAGGAUUUACUAUACAGACAGGACUUACUAUACAGACAGGAUUUCCUACACAGGCAGGAUUUACUAAACAGAUAG